AUGGUCCGCAAAUGGAAGGUGGGCGUCAAAGGGAGGGGAAUGGGCGGCAAAAAGGGGCGUCUGUCCAACGUCCGUGACAAGAAAGGUCGAUUUCUCGCCGUCGAGCUGACGCUCGCGGUGAACAACUACGUAUUUGGCAUCACCGUCGUGGGUUGCAUCCUCCUUCAGAUGAACUACUUCAACAACGUGAACCGGAUGUACUACGUUGGCUUCUCCACCACGACAAUUGUCGCCUCUGCCAUCCUCUUCCGUAACACGGAUGACCCCGCCAACUCCAUCUCCCUCCUCACCAGCUUCAUCACCACCUUACGAGCCGUUCACCUUCUUAAGAUCUCCCGCAAGCGCGACCCCGGCGCUCUCCCCGGGGGCCACCACCCACGCUCCGCCUUUGAGUCCGGCUUGAUGAAUCCGCAACUGGGCAUACAUGGACGAAUGUCGGUUGACGGGUGGAACGGCGCAGCAGGGACGCUUAUUGGGAACACAAUGCCCGUCCCAUGGAACACCCCUGCAGACGCGCACGGGAGGCAUGACAAGCGGAACUCGCUGUCCCGCAAUCAGACGCAGACGCUCUUCCAGGCGUUUGAGGGGGAUGGGGACGAGGACCGCGCAUAUCGGAUGGGGCUGGACACGCUGCAUGAGGUGGAGGACGACGAGCUCGAGGCGGACAAGGGGACGGCGAUGAGGAAGGGGAGCUAA